AUGUCUUUAUGUGAAAUUCAACGUGGUCAAUUAACUGGUAGAAUUUAUUCAAUAUCAAAAGGAUUCUAUCAUGUAUCAUCAGAUUCAACAAAAACUACUCGUCGUCAAAAACAAACAUUUAUUCAAUGGUUUCUCUCAAUUUUUAUGGAAAUUUUCUUACCAACAGGAUAUCCAAAUACAGUUUCUAAUGAUUAUCUUUCUUAUCAAAUUUGGGAUACAAUUCAAGCAUUUGCUUCAUCAAUUACAAAUGCAUUAGCAUUUAGUGCUAUUUUAGAAGG